UAUGUUGUCUACAAGACCAGCACAGUUUACUCACCCAAACAUUCAUCCACAAAAUGGGAUGAAGAGCCAAAGGAAGUUUCACUUUAACACUUUCGGGACCAGCCCAUAGGCCAUCGAUCAUAUAUGAUCGACGGUUUUGCGCGCACUGCCCCGUUCAAAUUUCCGCGCGCUUGGACAUGUAGCUCCAUCUAGGAGGUCGUCAGGAACUAGACUCUCGGUUUCGGCAUAGUUUCUUUCAUUUCCAGCAGGUGGCGAUACGCGAGAGAGAAUUUUCUCGAUUGCGGCGGCGGCGAACGCAGUGGAAAAUGGCGUCGUGCUCGCAUCCGGUCGCUCGAAAAGAACGCCGUCAAUCGCGCGAUUCCGCUGCUUCGGCAACGGAUUUUUUUGAUGAACCGAGCAGCGAAGAGUCUGAAGACGACUUCGGCAGCUCCGAUUUUAUUUCGGACUCCGAUUCGGAUGAUGAUGAGCCACGGACUUCAUCUAGUAGCCGAAGGGUCUCAACAAGCUACGGCAAUGAUCUGCUGCCGCCAGCGCAGAAGCGGAUUGAGUUUUCGCCGCGACGGGAACCUGGCGUGUACUUGGACGCAGAAGUGGGCGUGGCGCUCAGAAGCGGAUCAAAGAAAUUCUUGACUGCUCUGGACUUCUUUCUUCUGUUUUUCUCGAUGAAUGUGAUCGAAACAAUUUGUGACAACACGAACAAGUAUGCUUGGACUCACAUUUUGGAAAAACCAACGCAUGCUUGUUCCGAUGGAUCUUGGGAAGAAGUCACCCCAAGUGAAAUGCUAAAGUUUAUCGGACUCGUAAUUUACAUGGGCGUUGUGAAGGUUCCUCGGCUGAAGCUGUAUUGGAACGUAGGAGAUCUGUACAGCGGUCUGCUCCCACCACGGAUCAUGCGGCGACGCCGGUUCAUAGCUCUACUCGCAAUGUUGCAAGUUGCAGACUUGGACGAUGUCACUCAAAGUUCAAGAGGAAAGCUCCGAUACAUGUGGUGGCUCCUGCAACACAUGAACGAAGUGUCAGCGAAUCUUUUCCAGCCACAUCGCGAUCUUUCCGUGGAUGAGCGCAUGGUGAAAUCGAAAGGGCGGUCAGGCAUCCGACAGUAUAUCAAAGAUAAAGUAACAAAAUGGGGCUACAAGCUGUGGGUCCUAGCUGACCCUGGCACCGGAUAUACUGUGCAGUUUAGUGUGUAUACCGGUAAGCGUGAGCAGCCAGGGCCCCAUGGCUUAGCUUUCGACGUAGUUUGCCAGCUGUGUCACAGAUAUCUUGAUCAGGGCUACAGGAUCUUUAUGGACAAUUUUUACACUUCUACUAGCCUGUUCAGUCAUCUUCUCAGCCGAAAAACAUUGGCUUGCGGAACCACACGCAAGGAUCGCCGAGGAUUUCCUGCCGAACUGAAGGAUGCACGGUGGGAAAAAAAAGCUCGACGUGGCGACAUUCGAUAGUUGCGCGAUCAGAACAUCCUGUACCUUCAGUGGAAAGACCGGCGUGUUGUCAACAUGAUGAGCACGGUUCAUACUGCAAAUGACACGGUCACCGCAAAAAGAAGGGAAAGAAGGCAAAACUCCUGGACUCAGAUAUCUAUAACAAAGCCUCUGCUGAUCCAUGAUUAUAAUGCUGGCAUGCUAGGCGCAGA